AUUUCUGUUAAAUACUAUUCCAGCUACGAUACUCUUCAGUGUUCCGUUCAGGUCAUUGACGAACACUCCACUACAAGGAAUGAUAUUAAAGAAAUUAUUGUUUGGCAGUUUACUGCUGGGAGGAUCUGUGGCACAGGACGCCUAUGUGAGCUCAGUAUCUCCUGGAUGUAUAGGAUACGGGGGAGGAGCUAUAACUAUACUAGGAGAUGGGUUUGCUACAGACGGAUUUAGUCAGUUUGAUCCAACCAAAGGAAAUCAGGUUUCGUUUGCAAACGAGUAUGGAAGUAUUUCCUGUCAGAAUCCAAUCAACUGGAACUUCCUGCUCGAGAAUCCGCAGGAUCCUAACUCUCAAAAAAUCACAUGUGAUCUGCCCCCUAAACCUCCGAAUAAUGGUGGGGAAUAUUACUACCUCACCCUUCUGGUAGAUGGUAAGGAGGUGCCCAACACAAAGAGCAUCAGAUACUGUAACUGGAAAACCCCAUAUCUCAGGAGGGUUCAGAACAGAUAUGGAAAACCUGGAGAUUUAAUCACAUUGAUUGGACAAACCUUCACAAAAGAAUAUGGAAAUUCAAACUUUAAAGACGAUUCAGGUUCAUCUGGUGUGGCAACCCGGAGGGAAGACAGUAUUACUGGUGUGGUGGUAGGGCAGAGAGAAUGUGAACUCACUGACUCACUUGGUAAUGUUUAUGGUAUAAAGCUGGAUGAUCCACAAUCUGGAAAUGAAGGAUAUAUUACUUGCAGGCCAGGUGGUACAUUUAUUGGAGCAAUGAAUGCAACAUUUUUUGUAUCCGGAGAUAAAGGAAAGUCUUUGGCAACUAACAAUGAUGAUGCAUAUUCUGUCAAUUCUAAAGGAGAAUUAUUUAAUUACCAUACCUUACCAGAAAUAACUGCUCUUUCACCAAAUGUUGGCGGAAUAAAUGGCAGAACUCAUUUGAACAUCAAGGGAAAUUCAUUUGAUGCCUAUCCUGGAAAAACAAAGGUUAUGGUUGGGAAAACAGAAUGUCAGAUAGUAAAUAUUAACAGCACAGACCUAACAUGCUUGACCCCUAAACAGUCUGAAACUGAUUCAUCUCCUGGGGGCCCCAGGGGAAUGUUAUAUGAAGCAUGGGUGACAACUGUUACUACAGACUACUCGACACUGUCAACUACUGCGGCAGAUUAUAGAAAAAUGGUUAUAGAUAACUCAACAGUCAGGGGGCCAAAGUUUUUAGAUCAAACUAAAGGUUUCACAGCUAGACUGAGAGGAUUAUUUGUUGCUCCAUACACAGGCAAUGUCUCAUUUUAUCUGCAUUGCACUGGUAACUGCUCACUUAAUUGGAGCAAUAACUCUGAUAGCACAAACACAGAGCUACUUCUUAAUUGGCCAACUGGAAACACAGUUCAGUCUGUUGGGCAUGUUAAUUCACGAUCACGCAACAUCUUUGUAGAAAAGGGUGAAGAAUACUAUCUGGAAGCCAUGCAAACUCAACCAAAAGAAAAUCAAAGCUCUAGUUUUCUUCAAGUUUCGCUGUGGGAGCAUGAUACAGUUUAUUACAGAGAUCAAACUAAUCAAGUUCAAUGGGAACGUCAAGGAUUUCAAUUUUACUAUCAAAGAAACCUAGAAACCCAAAGAAUAAAGAUAAAUGGUGUUACAGGAGUUUCAGAAAUAACUUUUACCCAAUCUGGAAAAGAAUCUGCUGAAGGGUUUCAGAUUGCUGAAGCAGCUGCCAAGUCAGAAUGGAAGCCAAAAUUUGAGGAUAUGCUUAUGACAAAAUGUGAAGCCCUUCGCACUGGAAUAAGAUAUGUUCAAGACUAUGAAGAUGUGCGGUUUCACUUAAACGGAGCUGGGGGAUAUAUGAACCCAAGAGUAGAACCAUAUUGUGGUAUAAGGUCUGUUGAGAGACAAACAAGGCUCAUGCAUUUGUAUGGAAAGCCUAAAAUAGAUGCUAAUAGAUACAAGUUUCUGUGCUUUGCUGUAAAAGGAAUUAAUUUAGUUGGAUCACUGACCCUGCUAGUAUGGUAUCAAAGACAAGAUAAUGAUAGGAUCCAGACUGAAUGGGUCACAAUCCCAGAUCUUUGGGAACCAUCAUUUGAUUGGCAGUACAACUGUUUUAACUGGGCAGAGUUGAUUCGCAACUCUACAUUAUCAGGACUGACAAAUCUUAAACAAGGAACCACAUAUCUUGAGAUUGCGGAUAUCAUUACUCCUACAUGGAGUAAUGAAUAUUACUGGUACCAUGAUGAAUUUUCAAUAACUGAGGAAGAGGUUCAGAUGAAGAGAGUUCUUGGCGCUGUACCAUCAGAGGAUGUAAAAGUUCAGUCUGUCAGUGUUUCUUAUGUAGAAGAUGAUUCUUCAUUUGAUGUAAAAAUAGAUCCUCGUACUUGUAAUGAAGCAAAUGAUGAUUUUGAACUAUUUGGAAUCAAGGAUGCUACGAUUGUGGGUUUAGAUCUUACUGGAAUUACUAACAAUGAAGCUAAAAAUACUGCAAUUCGGAACUAUCUCCAAACUCAAGAAAAUGUAACAUAUACAAAAUCUGAUUGGGGAGGUGGUACUGUUACUAUUCAAAGAAUAGAAAGAGGAUCAAGAAGGCCAACAGGAAAUUAUAGUCUAUCAUACCAAGGAAUAACUGUUGAAAAUCUAUCAAUGGAUUUACAAGAUUAUGAGUUGAGGCAAAUCUUGGAAAGCAAGUUUGGAAUAUAUGGUGUAAAUACAUACUACUGGGGAUGGGAAUGUUAUGAUAAAUACAUCAUGAUGGACUUUAGAGCUUCAACACCAACUGGAAACAUAGAUGACUUAUCAAUUGACAGCUCAAACUUAGUAAUAGAUCAUGGAAAGUAUAGUAAAAUUGAAGUACAUCAAAGAGAGCAAGGUGGAAUCAUGAUUGAAACCCCUGGGGGAGAUUUCUUUAGAUUGGAAACAGCAGAACCUACAGUGUCCGUAUAUGUUAAUGAUUUCUUAUCAAGUUGUACUUCACCAUGUGUUAAUAUAAACCAAGACUGUAACAGAAUCUGUAAAUUUCAAUUCAGUGAAUCAGCAACACCAUCAGUGUCCAGCAUAUCUGGUUCUGAGGAAAAUGGAGAUACCACACUUACCAUACAGGGAAGUCAGCUUUCAGAAGCAGUUGAUGAUUUUGAAAUUAAAGUUGGAAAACAAAUGUGCAAAACAACUGCUGCUUCCCUGACUGAAAUCAAAUGCAUUUUGGAACCUGGACCAGCCGGUGAAUUUGAUGUCUCAGUCAUUGUGAAAAGUAAAGGAGAAGCAACUCAACCAUCUCCUAGAUUAAAAUAUCAAGUCAGCUUGACUGUUCUAGGCAAUACCCCUGACGUGGGCAGUGUGGGGGGUGGUACACUAAUUACCAUAGACGGGAGAGGAUUUCCAAACUCAGUUGAUGAAUGGGAAACUUGUGCUUGUCAAUUAGCAGCUGCAGACAAAGAAUGUGUAGUCAAGGAGUCUAAAUUUAAUGAAGUCAAAUGCAUAACAACAGAGGGCGUGGAUGGAGAUUCUGGACCUAUUACAGCUACAGUGUAUGGUGAAACUGCUAGUGGGGGUUCUUUUAGAUAUGAUGCUAGUGCAUCCCCAUCAAUUAGUUCUUUUACACCUUUAUCUGCUUCAGCUCUUGGAGGGGGUACUCUCACUAUUUCUGGCAAUUCCUUUGGGGCCAAGUGGGGUAAAGUAUUCAUCGGCGAUGCAGCAUGCAGUAUUGUAUCAUGGAUAAGUACUCAAAUAACAUGUUCAAUUCCUCCCAACAAAAAUGGACAACACAAAGUUAAAGUUCAAGUUCCUGACAAUGGUAUUGCAUCAACAGCUGGGGUUCCAAACUUUGAAGUAAACUUUAAGGUUACAAAUGUCAUCCCAAGAAGAGGCUCUGUUUUGGGAGGAACUGUUGUUCAAAUAUCUGGAAUUGGUUUUGGAAACUGUUCUGAUAUUGAUAUUCAUUUUGGUACUAUGUAUGAGUGCACAGUAACAUCUUGUUUAGACACAGAGAUCAAGUGUAUUACAGAAAGAAAAAAGAAAACUCAUAUUGUUACCAAUGGUGGAAAACAUCCCAGUUUUGGAAUUGGAUAUGCUUGGACCCCAUCAGAAGCUAUUGUAAUGCCUGGAGAUACUAUUCAGUGGACAUGGACCUUACAAACAUCUUUGCCCACAACAGGGAUUAAUAUCUUACAAACAAGUGACCAACUUGUUGAUGAAUACAAUGGAAGUGGAUUUAAAUCAGGAGAAAAAAAACCAUCUGGUAUUUUCAGUGAAACAUUUACAGCUUCUGGGGAUUAUUAUUACACAAGCGAUCCAGUUAAAAGUAUAGAUUUGAUAAUGAGAGGAACUGUUAAAGUGGCUACAUUGAUGGAGGAUAAGACUAUGGAAUUGAAGAUCAAUCUUGGAGAAGUUGAAGCUGAUCAUGAUAUUUCAGGAGCAAGUUCAGGGACCAUUUCCAGUGAUUCUAGCUGUACAAUUUCUGAAGAGUUUAACUGUGCUACUGAUCCAGUUCUUUCAGAUACUUUCACCUUCUUGUUCUCUGAUUGUUUAACACCUAAGGUCAAUAAAAUAGAAAUAACUGAAGGACAAUUUAAUGAAACUAAACCUAAUUAUAUUCUUGAUGGAUCAAAAAUUAAAUUACAAGGAGAAGGAUUUUCUUCUACUCUGUGCCAAAAUGAAGUGAAGAUUGGUGAUCAUGCAUGUAAUGUUGACACUUCCUCUUCCACCAUGCUUGAAUGCACUUUCAAUGGAAAUUCAGGUGAAAUAGACCCAAUGGAGUCUUUAGAAAACUAUGAAGUUUCUAUUAGGGUUUUAAAUAAAGGAAGUUCAGUGUUUACUCCAGAAGAUACUAAAAUGGCUAAGCUAUUGCUGUACCCCCAAGUUAUCACCACUAACAUAGUUGAGGGAAGUUGGGCAGGAGGUAUGAUCUUGGUAUUGUCAGGAAAGGGCCUUCUACCGCAUGGAGGGAAAGAUGUAGCCCUUGUAACUUUUGGUGAUGAAGGAUUUCAAGCAAGUUGCACAAUUAUUAGUCUAUCUUUUGAUGCCAUUAGUUGUCUGGUUCCUGACUACACACCUUUUAAAGGUGUGCAACCUGAUCAAACUGUUCCAAUCAAGAUUACUCUAGGAUAUGACCAAGUUGAACCUAAAGUUGAUUCUCAGAUCACAUUCACUUUUAAGCAAUCUUUAAUGUCAAAUGCUGCCACAAUUUCAUCAACAGUUGUCACAAGCACAAGUGAUGUUCUGACUAUUACUGGAACUAAUUUUGGAAGCAAUGUGAGCAAAGUAAAAGUGUUUGCAAAGCCAAUAAACAAUUUAAGUAGAAGGCGCAGACAAAUUCCAGAACCUGAAGAAGUAACACAGAGUAAUGGCAUAAUUAAGAAGGAUAAUUGGGAAAAGAUGGGUGCUGAAAUUUGGAGAUGUCCAACUGGCUUAUGUUCAACAGAGGAAGUUACAGGGAAUGUGACAGAUUCACCCUCAAGUAGUAGAGUUAAAAGGCAAGCCUAUCCAAAUUUUAACUUUGACAUGGAAGUCUCUGCACAAGAAGAUAACAACACAACAAUGACAAUUUGUCAAAAUAACCCAGAUGAUUGCUUUGUAAGGUUGAUGUCUGUAAUGAAUUAUGUCACAAGCCCCUCCAGAAGAAAAAGAUCUGUUGAUAUCAAUGCGCUAUUAGAAAUGAGUCCUCUUGCUGAAAAUAGUAAAGAAGGAGAAGUUACAACAGUGACUGAUACAAGCAUCAGUUUUUCAUUUUCAGAAUUACCAGCUGGGGAAUACAAUAUCAUUGUAAACAUUGAUGGUGGUGUAGGAAAUUCUGUUGUAGGUUUCGGGACAAUAACUAGUCGAAUGUUGAUUUCUGCAGUCAAUCCUAGCUCUGGGUCAAUCCAUGGAGGGCAUCUGUUAAGCAUCUCAGGGAGUGGUUUCAGUGGAGAAAUUGACAAUACUGUAGUUACCUUUGGAUCAUCAAACUGCACAAUUGUUGAAACUUCAGCUAAUUUGAUUAAGUGUAGAACAGAGCCAUGCACUGGAGACUGUGCAGAGCUAAAAGUAUCGUCAAAUUCAAUUGAGGCAACAUCAACAUAUAGUCAAGAUGUAUCCAAAACCCCAACAGUAACAUCUGUCAGUGAAUUGUCUACCACCCAAAUUACUAUUUCAGGCACUGACUUUGGGGCAAGUCCAAGUGUAAGUGUUGGGAAACAUUCUUGCACAGUUGAUACAGCCACUAACACUGAAAUCCAAUGCACUCUUCCUCUUAUUGCUGGAGGUACUUAUCCAAUCAAGGUUGAAAGUGCUGAACUUGGCUAUUCAAACAGUGAUCAAGUAUGGAAUAUUCAGUUAGACAUAACAUCCGUAUCUCCUGCCACAGGAUCUUUUGGAGGGGGAGCAUUGAUCACAAUUGUAGGAGAAGGUUUUGAUAGCUCAGCAGCAACAGUUUCAGUUUGUGGUAAUGCCUGCAUCAUACAGCAGAUUUCCACCAUAGAAAUUCAAUGUUUAACACCUACAAAUGCUGAUACCUCUGCUACUUUAGUAUGUGAUAUCAUUCUUUCACAAGAAUCAGGUGAUUUUACAAAAUCUAGCAUAUUCACCUAUGAUGCCAACCUUACUCCUGAAAUCAUAGCAGUGUCUCCCCUUAGAGGAGGAACUGGUGGUGGUACAUUAAUCACAAUAACUGGAACAGGGUUUGCUGAAUCAGGAAACAAGGUUAGCAUUGAUGAUGUAACUUGUGAUGUUGCUACAGAAAGUGCAACAGAAAUUACUUGUUACACAAAUUACCACAAUGGUGCUAUAGAAGCACCUGUCAUUGUUGAUGUUCAAGGAAAGGGCUAUGGGAGGUAUCAAGAUAUUGAUUUGGCCACAUUCUACUACAUUGACAGAUGGUCUUCAAUUUGGACAUGGGGUGGUCUAGGGACUCCGCUUGAAGGGGAAUUUAUUGUGAUCACUCCUGGGAUGACAAUUCUGCUUGAUACUGACACCCCAGUAUUGAAAUUUCUGCUUAUUAAUGGGGGUACUCUCCUAUUUGAUGAAGAGCAGCCAAACCUUGAACUGCAAGCUGAAUAUAUACUUAUAGUUGGUGGUGGAAGCCUUCAAAUUGGAACUGAAGAGAAACCAUAUGAAUCUAAUGCUGUAAUUACAAUGCAUGGAAAUGUGAGAUGUACUGAAAUGCCUGUAUUUGGAUGCAAGGUAAUUGGAGUGAGAGAAGGCAGUCUUGAUCUACAUGGCAAGUAUAUUCCUGUUACUUGGACCCAUCUCUCUGAGACGGUAGAACCUGGAUCAACUGAGAUCAAACUGAAGCAGCCAGUAACAUGGCAGGUAGGAGAUCAUAUUGUUCUUGCAACAACUGGUGAUAGAAACAGUAUGAAAGAAAAUGAAGAACAUUACAUCCAAAGUAUAUCAGAAGAUGGUCACACAAUUACCCUUCAAAGUCCCUUAAAAUAUAGACAUAUAUCAAUAGAACAAACAUUUGGGAAUAAAGUGGUUGAAACAAGGGGUGAAGUUGCUCUCUUGAACAGAAAUGUCUUAGUUAAAGGAACUAUAAAUGAACAAUUUAAAGAAGUUCUUCCUGCCUGUGAGGAACCUUUUAACUCUGGUGCAGCUUUCUCAGAUUCUCUGCAAACUUGUUUUGCUGGUAAAUUUGGGGAAGAACUUGGUUCAGAUGAAAUGGGGGCAGUAAUAAUUAUUAGUCCAAAGUUCAAAAAUCAAGGUCUUGUUGAGGCAAGAUUUAGCUAUAUAGAGUUAACAAGUGUUGGACAAGCAUUUAGAGUUGGAAGAUAUCCCAUUCACUUUCAUUUGCCUGGAGUUCAGUCAAAAAGCUAUGUGAGAGGAGUUUCUAUUCAUCAUUCUAACAACAGGGCCUGUACUCUUCAUGAUGUGUCUAAUAUUACCAUUGAGCAUAAUGUUGCAUACAACAUUAAGGGACUUACGUUCUUCCUUGAAGAUGGAAUUGAGAUGCACAAUACACUACAGUACAAUUUAGCAGUGUUUACAAGAAUGUCUAACAGUUUACUGAACCCAGAUAUCAACCCAGCCAGUUUCUGGAUUGUAAACCCUUUGAAUAAGUUCUUACAUAACUCUUGUGCUGGUUCAACCCAUGUCUGUUUCUGGCUGAGACCUGCAACUGUUCCUGAUGGUCCAUCUUACACUCAAAAGUUUUGUCCUUUCAAAGUUCCUUUUGGUGAGUUCCGCAAUAAUACAGCUCACUCCAUGGGAUGGUAUGGAUUUUGGAUUUUUGGUCAGUCUAAUCAUGCAACAUAUGACCCUCAUACUGGUACAGUGGAACAAGGAUUUUGCAAUGGUUAUCGAACUCAAGCAAGAAUAGGAUCAUUUACAACAUGGAAUAACAAAAGAGGAUUUGAGAUAGUAUCAGGUGCUAAUAUAAGGUUAGAAAACCAAACUCAUAUGGACCAUGACUUCUCAGCCUAUGAAAUCUUCACAGGAAGAGGACCAUAUGGACCUGGUGGAGCAGGAAUUUUCAACAGUCUCAUUGUUGGUCAUUCCAAAGUUUCAGAACUAACAACUGGUAAAAAAAAUGCAUGUACGCCAAUUGGAAUUAACCUUCCCCCAAAGGGCUACACACUUGAAAACAUUACUUUUUAUAAUUUUGAUAAAGGUCCUGCAUGUCGAGCUAUUGCAACCAAAUUUGAAGAAAAAUCUGAAGCAGCUUUGGCAAUCAGAGUCAGUGGCCUGCAAUUUUUCAACACAACUCACAGACAGUACACUCAUCCAGGACGUGAGCAUGGAGUGUGGUACAAAGAUAUUGAUGGUAGCCUGACAGGAACAGUAGGAGCUUCAUUGGUGACUAAGAGUGGAACAAACCCAACUGAUCUGUGUACUGAUGAUGCCUCUGGUUUUUUGGGAGGAGGAAUUACUAGUUCAGUUUGUGACAGUUCUGUGAAUUUUCACAAGAUCAAAAUAAAUCAGGCUGCUCCAUCUUCACUAGAAGCAAACAAAAUUGUUGUUACUAAUCAGUAUGGUCAAAGUGAACGUCAAUUUCUGUGGCUGGGGAGGGGAUGGGAAGCUCUACUUCCUCAAGGUCCUGUAAAUAAAUUAGCUUUUAACACUGCUGAACAUUUAACAAACAUAUCAUAUUACAUUGAAGCCUAUGGAAUGCAUACUGGUGAAAACUUUCUAAUCUUAGGCCAUGACCUCACACAACAACCAGACAGGUUUAAUAUUUUUGACAACUCGCUUAGCAAUUACAGCGCUUCCCUGCAGAGUCCCCCAACCUUUGACAACAGUGAGAAUGGAGAUUGGUACUUUAACAAUGAAACGGGUACCCCAUUAUCAGAGGUACAAUACAUAUUUUCAAGCAAAGGUCAAGGAAGGUCAAACUGGUGGAAGAAAAGAGCCACAGAAGAUACUCAACGAUCAGGAGAUCUGGGAGUCUGGACUCAAAAUGAUGUCUCCACUGGAACGUUCAGUGUAAUCAGAUGUGAAAAUGAAGGAUGUAUACCUACUCCUCCACCAACAAUGGAUCCAAAUAGGCCAGAAAGUUUUAUAUCAUGGUCAAAUCCUCAAGACUGGGUAGAUGCAGAACUACUUCCACCAACAGGAAAUGAUGAGGUAUCCAUCCCAAGAGGAGCCUGGGUUGUUUUGGACACUAACCCACCUAAGUUUAAGAGGUUGUAUGUUUAUGGAACCUUAGAAGUUCAAGACACAGAGGACCGAAGACUAGAAGUAGAAAUAUUAUUGGUAAUGGGUGGUAGACUAAUUGUAGGAGAAGAAAACAAUCGCUUUCAACACAAUUUUGAGUUAUAUCUUCAUGGAAAUCAUUACACAACCGAUCAACCCAUGUUCAAUGCUCCUAAUCUAGGUGCGAAAGCAUUGGGAGUUUAUGGAGAUAGUAUAAGAGACUUAGUAUAUCCUGGUUUGAUUGAAAUGUUUGGAAGAAAUGAUACAAUAAGCUGGGUUUCUCUUGCCAAAACAGCAAACAUUGGAGAAACUACUAUUGAAGUGGAAGAAGAACCAGGAUGGAAAGUAGGAGACAAGUUAGUAAUAACUGCCACAAACUAUGAAUCUUUGGAGACUGAAAAAAGAGUAAUUGAAUCAAUAAAUGGGAAAAUUAUAACUCUAACAUCACCUCUAGAAUUUACCCACUUAAGUGUUAAUGAAGAUUUACCUGGGGGGUCAGGAAGUUUUUCCAUGAAGGCCAGAGUAGGUUUAUUGUCAAGAAAUGUCAGGAUAAUAGGAGCUGAAUAUGAUGAACAAGAAGAACAAAUGUUUGGAGCUAGAGUAAUUGCUGCAGCUUUUGUAGAGGGUGGAAUUGUGAAACCUGGAUAUGUCAAGCUAUCAAAUGUUGAAUUCUUCAAAGCUGGACAAGAAGGCUAUUCUGAUAAUUAUGAUCCCCGGUAUUCUCUUGCCAUUGUGAAUUCAGCCCCACAAACAUUUGAAUUGCUUCCUAUUGGGGAAAUCACCUCAUUUGUGAAGGAUUGCUCAUUUGAUUAUAAUUACAAUUCAGGAAUAGGAAUUUUUGAAUCAGAUGGAGUUGCAAUUGAAAAUAAUGUAAUCUUCAGACAUAUUAACGAUGGCAUACUGGAUGAGAGUGAAAACACCAAGAUUGUAGGAAACCUUGUAACUAUGGGAGAAUCGAUAAACCAGAUAAAGAAUCUAAGGUUAGGAUUUGAUUUUAGAGCAUGUAUUAAUAUCAUGAGAGGAACUGGGACUAUCCUAAUGAACAAUGUUAUGGCUGGCUGUGCACAAGGAGGCCUAAAUACCAGGGGAAGUCCGUGUGAUGUUGAAUAUGUGUGGACAGGAAAUGAAAUUUUCUCAACCCAGCAUGCCAUUCAUCUCAACAGCAGAGGUUUAGACAAAAUAGGAUGCGUCAACAUUAAAAACUUUCUUAUAUGGAGAAAUUUUGAAUAUGGUAUUAUGGUAAUGUCAGAGGAUAAUGUAAAAGUUGAAGACCUUACAAUUAUAGAAAGUGGGCUAGCUGUCAUGUUUCAUGGAAUUGGUCCAUCAGCAUUGGAUCAUAUAAUUGAUGAUGACAGACACAUGUCAUUAUCAAAAAGUGUGAUUGUAGGAAACAGUGCAGCAUUUCAAUGUACAGGCAAUGGGCCUCCCUCCAUCAUGUCAUUCAGUCCUGAGGCUAAAAGAGCCUGGACAGGAAGGAAAUCAGGAAUUACUCAUACUGGACUACUGUUGCCUAUCUUUCAAAGCAAGUUUCCAAUGAUAGAUUUUCCUCACCAUGUGGGUGUUAAAUCUGCAGAAGGCUCUAAUCCAACAUUAAGAGGUAUCUUGUACAUGGAUGAUGUUACAUUUGUCAAUUUUGAUGGAGCAUGUGGACAGAAGGAUAUUGUCAUGAAAACAAAUACUGGUGAAGAUGACGUAAAUUGGCCAGUAAGAACAUCUAACUUGAAAUUCUUAAAUGUAAAAGAAGAAUUCAAAGUAAUGUAUAACAGGCCAUUAGCUAGUAAAAUAAAUCCUUCAGACUGUACUGACUUUGAUUGUGAUGGAAUGAAAAAGGCCCUGAUUGUAGACCUAGAUGGAACAUUGAUCGGUGAAAGUGGUGGCACUAUCAUUCCGGAUUCUGCUUUUGAGUGGGAUGGAAAUCCUAAAAAUGGACUUGGUUACUACAGAGUACCAAAACCAAUGGUAACAGAGAUAAAUGGAGAAAGAAUUUCCUAUGCAAGCAAAAUGCCAAAUACAGGAAUCUAUAGAACUGAUCAAUGUACCUGGGUUUCCCAAUGGACAGCCUAUAAAUGCUCUGGAAUCAAUCACAAAUUAAUGAUCAUAGAAUCAAUGGACAGGGAUAGAAGGAUUAGACGACUUGGUCCAAUUGCUGUUUUAGCUAAUGCAGGACCAAAUGGAUAUAUAGACUUAGUAAAUGGACCUCAAGAUCAUUCCUGCUGUUCUGGAUAUAUCUGUGCUGAGAGGCUUUCAACAUUUUACACAAUGGUUGCAACAGAGCAAGAAUAUGAAAUUGUAAUGUCCAGUAUACCACCACAGGUAUUUAGAUUUCAUCUACUUCAUAAUGAAGAGUCUCACCCAGUCAGAGUUAAGAUGUGGUUUCCUAAGCAACAAAGAUUAGACAUCUAUACAGCAGGGGAGUACAUACCUCCUAACAAUAAAGACUUCUCUGUCAUUGACAACUUAAAGCUUUUCCCUGCUGAUGACAAGUAUAUACCAGAAAUGACUGAUCAGCAUUGUUCCAACUACUUUGAUCCAAACACUGGACAUCUUUAUCUACUUAUCAAGGAAAAGUCUACAUGUGACAUUAAAACACAGCCUGUGGUAGUAUUGAAAUUAGGAAUUACCAUUAGAGAAGAUGAGUUUUUUGAUGAAGAUAAAAUAGUAGGAAAUAUUGCCGGGCUUCUUGGGAUACCUUUGAAUAAAAUCAGAGUGACAAAUAUUGUCCGAGAAGGAAGUGUCAGGAAGAAGAGAUCUACAGAGACUCCUGGAGUAGAGUUCCAGAUAGCUGAACCUCCUGCUCAAACAGCAGGAAGCUUAUUUAAUAAUAACCCACUUCCAACAAGUUCUCCUCCAGUUAAUCCUAAUGCACCUACAGAAAGACCAACUUCUACCACAACUAGUACAACAACAGCUUCACCUGUCAUACCAAGUGAUACAUUAGAUUUCACAAAAUUGGUAAAUAUUGUUAGCAAGGUAACAACUCUUCUUCAAACAGGUAAACUUAGUUCUGCUAUUGGAGUUGAGGUAACUUCUAUGGAAGCAAGUAAACCAAUAGAACCCCCUGAACCUGAGCCUGAGUACACCAGUCCAGAAGAGAGAGCUGUAAUAUUGGACAAAACUUUUGCUCAACAAAGUUUAGAAGCAGAUGAAGCUAAGCUUGAAGAAUUCAAUAGUGUAGAUGAUAUAGUUAUUCCUAAGAACCUUGUGAUUGGAAGACAAAUUUAUGAUGCAUAUGAAAUGGCUAAAGUUGAAUUUCCUGCUUUUGUUUACCUAACCACAGAAGCUGGUGACCGAGUUAAAGUGGUUGGAGGUGAGGGUGAUCCAUGGCUUGUUACUGCUUCUCUUGUUUCUGGUCCUGAGGGAGCUGAGCUUGUGAAUGAAGUAAUUGUUCCAUUUGAAGAUGGAUUUGCUAAUUUUACUGACUUAGCUUUUUCAAAGAUGGGUGAAGGUUAUUCAAUACAGUUUUCAUUAACUUAUCCUGAUGGCAUGACAAUUUCCCCAGUAACAUCACAAUUGUUUGAUGUUGGACCACGCCCUCUGGGUGUCAAAAUUACAGGACUAACAGAACAGGUUCCUGAUGAGACUGAGUUGAAUGUAACCUUUGUUAUACAUGAUAUGGGCCUGGAUACAACUGCUGAUCCUGAUGUUAUUGGCUCCAUUAAUUGGGAUUGUUCACUUGGUUGGGCAGUCAACAUUCCCGUUGGAAUAGAGGGAGCCAUCCAAUCAACAAUAGCAGCUGGAAACAAUACUAGAGAGGUUCAGAUCAAAUUUUUAAGCAGUAAAACUGAUGUACUUCUUAAGAUUGAGUGCACAGCGCAGGAAGAAGAAAGAACCCUGAUAGGAAGAUCAAGUAGCUUUAAUAUAUACCCUGCCUCUGUAACAGAGACUGAACUUAAAACAACUACAACAGCAGUCAUCAAAUAUUCUGGACCUUUCUCAUUCAUCAAAUCUUUAGUGGAUGCGGUACCGGCAUUGGCUAUAGAGGAGUGUCGAGGAGUUGACUGCCCUGAAGCACCAACAAGAAGAAGAAGGCAGGUGGAAGGAGGAAUCAUUCCUCAGAUCGGGGUUGAUCAGUCUUUAGAUAUUAUUAGAUAUCAAGAGCAGUCCAAUCCCCUGUGUAUUCGACCAACUGGAGCAGUUAGCUGCUAAAUCUAUUAACCAUUGGUGGAAGCAUAUUUAGUUAACUAACAUUAGCAUUAAGGGUUUAAAUUUAUCAUUAAUUGUUGUAAUUACUAACAUAGAUUUAAGGAGUUAUGAGUUCCAUCAUUAUUUUACUUUGAGCAUAAAAAACGAAUGUAUGUAGUAUUAAAUGUUACAGGAUAAUAAAUAUAUAGGAUAUAAACAUG